UCUAAUAAUAUGCUUUAUAUAUAUGUGUAAUAAUCGUUAUAAUUUGUGGCAGAAGUGUAAGCAAUUUUCCAGGCAAAAGUAUAAAAUGUUUUUCAUAUUUCAUGUUUUGAUUCAUUUAUUAGCAUCAAUUAUCGGCACGCGAGUGCUUUCGUCAUGUUUUUACUAUCGCCCGUAAACGAAUAAACGCGUCGCGCGUUAUGUAAGAUAUGUAUACGAUUUAAUCUUGUGCGUCAUAACUUCUAAGUGUGUUAAUGUCAUUAGCGAGCAAAGUCAUUAGUAUGACUUUUCUUUCAUGUUCUUAGUGUUUUCACGUGAAAAAUAGUAUGAAAAUUUUAUAACUGCCUAGGCUGCUACAUAAGCCUUGUUCGAUUUUAUUCAUAACUGAAUUUUUAACUUGGUCGUAUAGUCGUAUACUUGUCACUAGGCAUAUUCUAUUUUCGACGUUUCCAUAAGACAAACGUGUUACAAUUUUGUUUCUCUCGAGUAUAUGAAACUUAGUAACCGAUUGUAGCUUUGUGAAAAUGUUGACUUAACUUUUUCAUCACAAUACAUGGUCACCGCUGACACAGCGAUUACAUAUACUGUUAUUGUGUUUUCAAAAGAGACUGCUUUAUAUAUUGUGGACACUCUUUCGAGCUAGUAUUUUACUUAUCCUAUUUAUUUGCAAGCAAGAAAUUGAUUUUAUGCCUUUUGACUGCCUUUAACUGCAGAGAUAUUCGUCAUUAAGAUCCCAGCACUUUUACUAGGCAGAAGUAAAAAGAAAGAGUAACAUUUAUUAGAUCCUGAGUCAUCCUGCAUAUUAUAUUGUCACUGGACCAGUAAACAUCUAUGGAGAGAAAACCAAAGAUUAUUGUCUUUGAUUUGGACUAUACUUUAUGGCCAUUUUGGGUUCACACUCAUUAUAUUGCUCCAUUCAGAAAAAAAUCUGAUAAAGUGGUAGAUGCGCAUGGUAAUAAUGUAAUAUACGAUCCUGAUAUACUUUAUAUCAUAAAACGAUUAUAUGAACAAGGAUAUGAACUUGGCAUAGCAUCACGUACAAAGGAAAUAGAAGGUGCCAAACAACUUUUAAAUUUGUUUGGCUGGGACAAAUAUUUCAAAUAUGUCGAAAUAUAUCCUGGUACGAAAGUUGCACAUUUCUCCAAUAUCCAGAAGAAUUCUAAAGUUCGUUACAGAGAUAUGCUCUUUUUUGAUGAUGAGUACAGAAAUAUUGUGGAAAUUGGCAAACUUUCUGUGUAUACUGUGUUAGUCACAAAUGGUGUGACUCAAGAUCUCAUAGAAAAGUCUUUGAAAGCAUUCAAUUGCCAAUUGUGCGAACAUAUUGAAGUACAGGCAUGUGGUUUGGAAUAUUCCUGCUUCCAAAAUGUGAUCGAGUCAUCCAGUUUCAUCCCAAUCUCUUUUAGGAAGAGGCUGUAGUACAAGCGCGCGUAGUGACUAAGACGAUGUCUACUUUUUAAUAUAGAAUGUAAAUGGCGCAUGCACGGAGGAAAUUUUUCCGAUUCUGCAUCUAUGUUUUCGAUAGUUACUCUUCCGUGGAUAGUA